AUGGCAAUGAGCGGGGAGUUGCAGAAUGCCAACCCUACCAUCAUCAAUACGUCGGAGCUCCCCACCCGGAGGCGCGCAAAGAGGAAGGCAGAUGGCCGCAGCAAGGGCGAGGACGUCACUGCCUUCAUGCCAGAUCGCGAGUGGGAUUCUUCCUUUGAGCAGGAAGACGAGGAAGAGGAUCCAAUCGACGAGCAGGAAAUCUUUGACCUCAUCUCCACCAUCUCCGACCCUGAACAUCCCCUCACGCUCGGCCAGCUGGCAGUGGUCAACCUGCAAGACAUCCACAUCGACCCGCCGCCGAUGCCAGGGAAGGGGCCAGACCUAGACGUCAUUACCACGGUCACGGUCGAGCUCACCCCGACCGUGAACCACUGCAGCCUGGCUACCAUCAUCGGUCUGGCUGUGCGGGUCCGCCUGGAUGCGUGUCUGCCCCCGAACUACAGGCUCGACAUCAGGAUGAAGCAGGGCUCGCAUGCGCAGGACACGCAGAUCGACAAACAGCUUGCCGAUAAAGAGCGUAUUGCUGCCGCUUUGGAGAACGACACGCUCAAGCGAACACUGGACACCAUGAUGGAGACGUGCAUCAAGAUUUACGACAGCGAUGAGGAGGCAAGGGUGUGA